AUGAGCGCGCAGGCAAAGGACCUUCUCGCGGCGGCGCGCUGCGGCGACGUCGACGACGUCAAGCAGCUUUGCAUGAGCAUUAGCGCCGAUGACCUCAACUACCAAGACGAGUACUCGGGCAACACGGCGCUGCACAUGGCGUGCGCCAACGGCCACAUCGGCUGCGUGAAAUUGCUCCUCGCCAAGCACCCGCGCCUCUUGCCUAACUUGAACGGCAACUCGCCGCUGCACUGGGCUGUGCAAAACAAGCAUAUUGACGUCGUCAAGCUCCUCAUUGCCGCGUACCCGGACAUUGACGUUCUCGCGCAGAACGCCUUUGGCCGCGGCUGCGUCACGGAAGCCUUCCAGAGCGAAAACACCGACAUUGUUGCGCUCCUCCUCGAGCACAAGUCGGCGACCGAAGAGCGCUUGGCCAACAACGCGGACUUGGCCAACGGCGCCGCCAAGCUCACGCUUGAAGACGACGACGAAGACGUGGCCAGUGAGGCCGAGAUGAAGAAGCAGCCGCGCGUGCUGCAGGAAACGACGCUCGAGUUUGCUUUUGACGCGACGUUGCCUGCACUCAAAGCGCGCGAACUCGCGCUGGACAUGGACAAGUCGGCGUUCGGCUCGAGCGCGGACGAAGACAUCACGGGCGUCUCGAUCUGGUCGGCGUCGCUCAUCUUGAGUCGCUGGGUGCUCCAAGACGCGGCUUCGUUUGCCAACAAGCGCGUGUGCGAGCUCGGCGCUGGCUGCGGCGUGAGCGGCCUCGCGUGCUACCUCUACACCUCGGCGGCGUCGGUCGUGCUCACGGACCUCUACCACCACACGGUCGCCAACCUCGACCACAACGCCAAGCUCAACAAGCCGACCAAGGCCGCGAUCGCCGAGACGUCGCCCGAGGCGGUCGGGUGCGCCGAGUGCGGCACGCUCCAGCGCUUCACGGCCGACAACCCGGAAGGGAAGCUCAUGCUUUGCGGCCGGUGCCGGUGCGUCGCGUACUGCUCGCGCGAGUGCCAAAAGGCCGCGUGGAAGCUGCACAAGGGCGUGUGCAAGGAGCUCUUGGCACAAAAGACGAACGCGGCGCCGACGACACUCAGCGUCCGGGCCGUCGACUGGGCCAAGCCCGAGACGUACGGCAGCGACGUCUUUGACGUGGUCUUGGGCUCGGACCUCGUGUACCACAAGGACAUUGUCCCGAUCCUCGCGCAGGUCGUCGACGCGGUGCUGGUGCCUGGCGGCCGCUUCCUCCACGUGGCGUCCCAGGCGCGCGACUCGCUCGUCGAGUUCAAGGACGCGAUGGAAACCCGCGGGUUCCGUGUCAGCAUGACCAUUGUCCCCGACGCGCUCAAGACCAACCCGCUUGUGGGCUCGAGCGCCGACCUCUUUGACUUGCACUUCAACGAAAUGAGCGACACGUACUGCAUGUACACGUUUACGAAGGCCGCGUAAUCGCAAUCAAACUACACUCGACGCCCCGUGUCU